GGCUUUAUCAUAGUGUAUAUCAAUAGAUUUAUCAUUAUAAAGUAAAACAGUAUCAUCCGCAAAGCAAAUCAUUACCAUCAAAGUUUAAAUUUAACAACCCAUUUAUAUGAAUUCAAAAUAAAACUGUAUCUUGUGGAACGCCAAAAGUAGUUUUUAAUUCUUUACUAAAACUACUAGGUAUCUAUUCUAACCACUGAAAAAAGCAAUAUAUUUUAAGGACAUGUUUAAAGUUUUCAUUGCUUAUUUUAUUUGUUUAGUCUUGGAGAGAUUUAAAGACAAAAGUCUCUAAAAAGGCAUCCAGUCUUAGACAUGCCAAAAGACAAACUGGAAAUAAAACCAUCGAGCUUCAAGAAUUGAAUGAGUUGGAUAAAAAAGUCAUGGGGAUAAUUGGUCACGAGUACGUUGAGGGAACUGCAUGUCCAGAAUCAUUUCCAGAUGAAGUGUCUGAUUCUAUUGAAGAGUUGGCUAGAGGUAAUACUAGCAUUUUAAAUGUAGUACCUACUUCAAUUAUUACAGAAACACCCGCAGAAACAUAUGAAUAUUGUCAAGAUGAUGAUGCAAUAUAUGACAAUAUAGAAGUAUUAGAAGCUUCCAUCAUAGACAAUCCUUUACCUACUGAUGCAGCCUCAUGUAGUCAAUCUGAAAAUCAACUUAUCACAAAUGUAAAAAAAAAAAAAAAUGUUAAACUUAACACUCAAUUCAGUACAGCACGUGAAGUAUUCACAAAUUUGGCAACCAUAAACAGUCAGCAAAUAGAGUUGAUAACAAGUACCUUGAGUACCAUAGCUGAAAGCAAUCAUAGAAUGGCAGAUGCUAUGGUCAAAAUGGCAGAGAAUGAUGACAGACGAACCCAAAUGGAGGAAAAAUUGUUAGAUUUGUUGUCUACCAUUUCUUCCAAAUUAAAUUAUAAGUGAUCAUAUUACAACCUUAUAAAUUUUGUUUUCAUU